AUGCCCAGAAAAUAUCACCAGUCAGAUGGCAACUAUUUCAGAGUGAAAGGCCACAGCUAUUUUGCAGCAGAAGAAGCUCUUGGAAUUGGAAUUUUCAUUGUGGUGCUGGCAAUUUUACUUAUCUUUGGCUGCUGGUACUACAAAAGACGCAGCGGCUACAAAAGUCUGCGGAGCAAAACCCCCAGCGUGGGCACAGUGCGAACCGAGGUGGGAGAGGGAGCAGCCCUGGACUGCAAGAUGCCCCUGCGGGAGUACAGAGACCUCAGCCCUGCGGUACCUGAUGCUCCACCAGCAUAUGACAAAAUUGCAGCAGAAAAUUCGCCACCACCUUAUUCACCAUGA